AUGUCUGACCCAAAGGUGUUGAAGGGACAGGCCGAAUGGUUACCCUCCAGCGCGAUAAGCUUUGACCAAAAGAAGCAAGUCGAGGCUUCGCGAUUGUCCUGGCGCAAGUGGGCCGUCGUAGCAUUGGCUCUCUGCACAAUUUUCAGUCUAUCUCGCGCUAGCAAUGUCCUUCAAGUCCGCAUUCAUGGCUCGGGAGCCGUCGAUGCCGCUCAAAUGUGUCCUCAACCUGCUCCGUUGAGCCCAGAGAAACAUCAAGUGCUAUGGAAGAGCUUAAGUUCAACCUUUAGCACUGAUGCUUUCAGGCUGAGAGCCGUUGAUCUACUGGCUGGUGCUGUGCGCAUCCCAACACAGUCUUAUGAUCAAAUGGGUCCGAUAGGCGAAGAUCCACGUUGGGAAGCCUUUACUCCAUUCCACAAGUACCUUGACCGGGCAUUCCCUCGAAUCCAUUCCACUCUAGACCUCGCAAAGGUGAACACCUAUGGCCUAGUGUAUCAUUGGAAAGGCUCAGAUGAGAGCCUGAAACCCUUGCUUUUGACUGCGCAUCAGGAUGUCGUCCCAGUCAAUCCUGAUACAUAUGAUGACUGGGUGCAUCCGCCAUUCUCAGGUUAUUUCGACGGGGAGCUUGUGUGGGGGCGUGGCAGCAGAGACGACAAGAGCGGCUUGAUCAGUAUAAUGUCUGCAAUUGAACUAAUGCUUGAACGAAAUUUUCAGCCACUCCGUGGUAUCGUGCUUGCUUUCGGGUUCGAUGAGGAAGGUGCGUCUUCUCUAGGAGCUUACCUCUUGAGCACGUUCGGCGAAAACGCAUUUGCGAUGUUGAUUGAUGAAGGCGGGAAGAUCUCAGAGCAGUACGGUGGUGUUUUCGCAGUUCCCUCCGUCGCCGAAAAAGGAUAUAUAGAUGUGCGCCUGGAACUAACAGCUCCAGGUGGACACUCUAGUGUUCCCCCUGCUCACACGACGAUUGGCAUGCUCGCACAACUGCUCGUUCAUUAUGAGAACAAUCCAGUUGUUACUCAGCUCAAGCGUGAAACUCCGAUGUAUUGGCACGCAGAAUGCCUUGCAGCCCAUGCUCCCGAGAUUCCCACAAUAGUGAAAAAAAUGAUGCGCAAGGCUGCUAUUUCCGAUAAAGCGUUGUAUACUGCUCAGGAGGAAUUAUUCAAGGAUCCCACCUUCAAGGCGCUCGUCGAAACCACCCAAGCCAUUGACAUAAUUUCUGGUGGUGUGAAGUCAAAUGCAUUGCCCGAAAAUGCAAUGGCUGUCAUCAACCAUCGUAUUGCUACGGAUAGCUCUGUCAGCGAAGUCAAAGAGCGUGCGACCGGUCUCUUUAAGUCUAUUGCCGCUAACUUCAAUCUGUCCUACACGGCGUUCGGUCUGAGCGUCACGGGUGAUGAACCAGGAUAUGGCACUUUGUCACUCAGUGACGCUUGGGGGACAGCUCUCGAUCCUGCACCCAUUACUCCAGUAAGCGAGGAUGCUGCACCAUUCCAGCUGCUGUCUGGAACCAUCAAAGCUACCUAUAACUCUCAUCGCUCGCUGUCAGAAGAUGGUAUCACAGUCAUACCUAGUCUGGUUUCUGGUAAUACUGGUACGUCUUAA